AUGCGGUCCGUACAGAAAAUGUUGGACCAUUUCCAGAUGCCCGAGGAGCUGCAGCAGCGCGUCAAAACGUUUUUACUGUUUAAACGCUACCACUCCAUCACGCAGGAAGGGCUUUUAGUGCGCUGUCUGCCGCCGUCUCUGCUCACGGAUAUUCGCCUGGUGCACCUGAGGCCGAUGAUCGAGAAGGUGGAGUUUCUACGAGGCAUGGAAGGCGACAUGUUCUUUAUCUUCGCUGGAGUCUUGGAUAUUCUAGUCCCUGCACGCAUAGCAAAUCGCCACAGCGGAGCGUUUAAAUCUGUGAUAAAAAAGCUUAACGGAUUAUUCACCAAUGGCAAACGGAACGCGUGUGUGCAGGCGCAAACCUGCUGUAUCUUGUACAGAUUAUCUCGAGAAUCAAUGGAGCUCGUGUUCGCCAGAUACCCGAAAUGGAAGCAGAAACAACGACGCGGCAUGGCUACAAUUACUGGGAUGAUGCUGUCCCGGGCAGAUAUUAUGAAUGAACGAGCAGAGCAGCUAAAGGAGAAGCUGGAUCACGCACGCUUGAAGCGCAGUGACAGCGAACAGCUCAGUCUUAUCAGCAUAACGCUGACAGGUUUUGUGAAACGAUAUAUCCAGAAUCCAUUCAUGGAUAUUAUAAAUGGGAUUAUCCAUGGCGUUCCCGUUCAGACGAAAUUUCACAUCGCGUGGCUACGCUUAAUGGUAUUCUGCACCAUUGACUUUUAUUUUGGAUAUUUGGUCAGCUGGCACAUCCAGGAAUCUCCGACGUCUCUGGAGCUGUACGAACAAAAUCUACGCAGCGUGUACAAGAAGCAGCGGAUGUUCUGUGAUGUCAUUGCUGCGAUCCCCUUCUGCGGCGUCUUGUUCGUGUUCAGCUGUCGGCCGUGGAUAAAACUUCUACGAUGCGUCAAAAUCGUCAACGUCAUGGGAUAUUUGGACGAGAUAAAUCGUCGUAGUGUGGCCAACGAGCUGACCCACUUCUUGCACGUCUGGAUGAUGUAUCUGCUGGUUAUCCACUGGGUCGCCUGCAGUUAUCUCGCUGUGGCGACAGAGGUAGGCUUUGGGACACAGUGGGAGUCAUGGCUACCUUCUCAGGAAUUAGAAAUUUCCGAUCCGGAAAAUCCAUCCUCGUCCCAAUUAUCGAAACGUUUCUUACGUGGAUUAUUCUUCGCUACCACAGCCUUCGUAAAGAAAGCUCGCAACAUGAACCCGGAGACUGCAGUGCUAUACACUUAUCAAAUCACACGUAGGCCUCAUCACCAUGUCGUUCUGGAUUUUUGCAAAAACCACAUCGCAGUGGAGCUCUAUCUGGCGUGUCAGUGA